UCUUGCAGUAUUUUAUGUGGCCAUAAAAAAUUUGACGAAAAGAAGCCUAACUACUUUGUUUGAUCCCAACGAGUAACACUUUAACCAAUAUUCCACUCAGUCAAGGAAUUUCAAAAGAUAUUUUUCUUAACGGUGACAAUAACUAAUUUGGACCAAAUCGCUAAUGAAAUUGGACACCUCCAGAAACCGCGCCCGAUGCGCGUGGGUGGUGGCGCAUCACCUUUGAAUCGAACUCGGAGACAUGUUGAGCCGCUGACCAGAGGCCAAGAAACCCGCGUAGGUGUCCGCUGCCAUGUGAGCAGAGCUCAGUCGGCACACACAACACUCAACGGAAAGCCAAACUACAGAGAAGCGAAGCGCAGACGACAGUUACUCGCAGACAGGUUGCAGUAACACUAAGCUCCAAAUGGAGGCCACCGAUCAGGAUGUCAUGCUGGAGGGCGGCGAAGACCUGAUGUCCACCUCGGCCACCUCGUCCACAAAUGGCGGCGAUAGCAACGGUUGCGGCAAAAAGCUGACCGUAACCUCGCCAGAUCCCACAUCGUACGUGACCAAGCAGCGAGUGACGCGGCCCACGCCUCCUGCUCCUUCGAAAAAUCCGAUGCAGUUCGUCCAGAUCAAGCCCUGCAACCUCUACCAGACGGCGCAGGAGCAGCUGAAGAAGGCCGAGGAGGUCAAGAAGCUGAAGGAGGUGAAGAAGGAAGAGCCGGAGGAGUGGCAGAACAACCUUGACAAUUGGAAAUCAUCAAGGCGAAAACGUGUCGAACACAUCAUCGAUCGUGCGGUGGAGACGAAGAAACUCGAGCUGGAGGAGCAUGAUCGCAUGCGACGAAAAUCGAAAACAUUCACCGAAAUGAUGGAGGAGAGGGCUGAACGGGGUGGACCUCGGGGGCGUGCCAAGCUGGCUUCUCUGGCCGUUUACAACGAGGACGAGACGAACGAUCUGAGUGAUCUGGGAAUCGGAACCAGCAGCGCCAGCGGAAAGAGCAGUCUGUCCGAGGACUAUGACAAUAAUAGUGUUAUGAGCGACCAUGCCGCCGAGCUGGACAAGGCGAUUGGAGCAGCUGGCUCUGGAGCUGCCGGGGCAACCUCCCGAAACGUGGACGAGCAGCAGAAUCACAUCAACCGCAACGGCAGCAAUGGGAACCACGGUAACGGAGUGGCCGUUGGCCAGGCGGUCAUCGCCAAUCCCACCAGGGCUGCAGGCAGGGAGUACAUUUCCUCGCCAGGAUACGACACGUCGUCCAGUACGGCGCCAGCUAGUUCGCCGGAUCCAUGUGAAUACACCUACGAGGGAGCCAUCCAGGACUACAAGCAGCGGGUCCAGAGGGCCAGCAGCAACGGCAACGGAAAUGCCAAUGGCAAGGUGAUCGGAGAACCCAUUGCGUAUCCCACAAGGCGUGGAUCCAAGAUCGAGGAUCGCCUGAGCGGCUUCGAGGUGACUUCGCCCAGCGACACGCAGGAGGGCGUGGAGAAGCCAAAGGUGGACGUGCCCAAGGUGGACAUCUCCAAGCGGAAGGAGAUCUUCGAGCAGGCCAAGGCAGAAGUGUCCAAUGGAGCGGCCUCCGCUGCCCCCAAAGUGGUCCUUCGGGAUCGCCUAACCAACGGCAAUGCCACUCCCACAGCCCCCAAAUCGGAUGUGAGGCGUCUUUCCGGCGACAUAUCCAGCAUUCGGGACCGCAUGCAGAGUUUGGAGCAGCAGCGGAAGGCCUUCAAUUCCAGCAAGAGUGUCGACGUGCCGGUGCCGCCGCUCAAGCAGCGUCUGAACAGCCUGCAGCAGUCCGUUACCAAAGAGGAGCAGAAGAAGCCACCGCUGGUGGCCCUCAUCGAUGCCAGGCAACUGGAGAUCAUGAGGGGCGAGGAGGAGCGAAUGCGCCAGCAGCAACAGCAGCAGAAACUGCAAACCACUGUGCUCGCUCCUCCGCCAGCACCGCCGGCCUUGGUUAUAGAGGAACCACCGGUGGCAGCCACCAACGACGACAGCGGCAUUCAGGAGGACAACGCGGAGGAGCUGCAGCAGCAGCAACUCAACGCAGCCAUCGCCGCCUUGGCGCUGGAGGAGCGGCAGUUGGAGGAGGCGGCCAAUGCGGUCAACCAGAUCGAGGCGGAGUUCGAUGAGCUGACCGAUCUGAAUCCCUCGCCAUUGCCACCUUCGCCGGCUCAUCCGGCGGUCCAAGCCAACGUCCAAGCCGCUCCGGCUUCAUCGCAAGCGGCCAAUCAAGCGGCUGCUCCUCCAUUGCGGGACAUGGAAUUUAGUAUCAACGAAGCUCUUGAAUUGGCGCUGCAAGCCAUCGAUCGCGAGGCGACAACCGAGCCAAUGGACAAGGCACAACAUCCAGAGGAGGAGGAGGAGGAGCAGCAGGAGGAGUUGGGGGGACAGCCAGAGGAGGAGGAGGAGCAAGAGGAUCAGGAGGAGACGGAACAAGAGUCCCACGAGGACUCCCAGGGGGAAUCACACACCGAGGGUGGGGAAAUGCCAAAUAAAACCGAUGAGCAGAAGCAGGGGGAACGAGAGCCCAUCUACGAGAAUGUCAGCUCGACUAUAUCUAUGCAUGAAGUAGAUAAUGAACAGAUAGCAGCGAUGACGAUAACCACACAGACCCAAGCGACGCGGAGGAGUCACAGGAGAAGCAUUCCAAAUAAGCAGCCCAGCAACAAUAACAAUAACGAGAAUAAUCAAAGCCCUAAUCAAAGCAACAGCAGCAGCAAUCAAAAAGAGAACAGCAUGGCAGCAACUUCAGCCACCCCCGUGCCACCAGCAACACCUGGGGAUGUGGAGCCCUACUACCAAGUGCCGAAGGCCACGGAGCCCUACUACGACGCCCCGAAGCAUUUGAGACCCGUGCCCGUCUACGAGAACAUCGAGAUCUUCUACUCGGGCCUGGAGAUCGGUCAGGGAUCAGCGGGACCGGGAGCGCCGCUGGUGGGACUGAUGGAGCCGCCCAAGGAGAAGCCACCGCCACCGCCCACCGAGAGUCCGCCGCCGAUUCCAGCGGACGACGGGGGCCACGACGACGAGCUGGACGGCCUGGGCAGCAGCCUGGGACACAACACCGACACCUGGUCGUCGGACAACACCUACGAGACCAUUUCGAACGGCACUCGCCGGCACCUUCAGGGACAGCUGGAGCCUGCCCAGCCAUCGCCGCCCAUCAAGCGGAUGAACUCGACCAAGCGGAUCAAGAAGGAGCUGCGCAACAAGCGCUCCAGCUUCCUGGGCAUCGAGACCGACGGGGAUUUGGACGACAUGGAGACCUACCUGGAGCUCACCGUGGCCCCGCCGCCGGACAUGGCGCAGCUCCUGCAGGAGGAGAGGCGUCUGGAGAAGCAGCUGUACAUCAAGGCGGGUCUCUGCGACAGUUCCGACACAGGUGAAAGUCGCGACUCCGGAGUUUCUGAAAACCAUUCCCGUCAGAGCAGUGAGCACUACACAAACUCCUCUGAGGAGAACGACACGCAGUCCGAAGCCACGCCCCCACCGCUGCCUCCGCCCCCGUCGUCCACCCAACUGGGCGAAGUCAUCUACCAGAACGAGAGCCUCCUGGCUGCCCAGACACCUCUUCUCCAGACAGUCAAGGGCAACUCGGCCGAAUCCUGGACGGAGUCGGCGACGGCGGCUGCGGCGGCCACCCAAUCGCUGAGCGAAGCCACGGCGACGGCCAACGCCAAGAUGCAGUCCAUCGAGGACAAGAUCCGGGAACAGGGCGAGGUGCUGCGGGUGGAACGGGAGCUGCUCCACUUUUCGCAGGAGGAGUUGAAGCGGCAGCGCGAGAACCUUCUGCUCCGCGAGAAUCUGGCACGUCGAGAACUGCAGCACGGAGCAAAAAUGCUAAUGUCGAACAACCGGCGCUCUCUGCAGGAUCUGCACCACGGCCUGGGCAUCGGCAACGGCAUGCUGAGUGCCUUCCAACCGCCGCAGCAUAUCCAGGCGCCCAUGCCGCCUCCACAUCCGCAGCAGAUCUACGCCAAUGUGCCGCAGCAGCAGCAGCAACAGGCGGCGAUGUAUGCAUACCACCAGAUGGACACGGACUACCGCAAGUCCAUGUCGGAUCUGAACGAGUUCUCCAACCGCCUGAUGCUGCCACCCACGCCGCCCACCAAGCCGUUGAGGGCGAUGCAAAUGAACGCCAAUGGCCAUGGCCUGGAGCCGGACUAUGCGGUUAGCACGAGGCAGCGCCAGCCGCCGGUUCCCUAUGGCGGAUCUCUGGUGAAGAUCGCCGGGGCGCCAAUGCCUCCUCGGAUCCCUGGUCCCGGAUAUCCCGUUCAAGCGUCGGCAGCCGCCGCCUACCAUCACCAGUCGGCUCAGAACCUGAGCAAUAUGUCCAGGAACACCUUGCUCGCCCUGAGCGCCACUCCCAAGCCCAAGUACACGGACGGAUGGGUGCAGGUGCAGCAGCGCAAGAGCUACGACCAGGCCAGCGAUCCGGCUUGGCUGUCCGCCCAGCAGCAGAAGCGCAAGUCCAUGCCGGACUACGGCGGAGCCCUGUACAACAACAACCACUGGCUGCUCCAGGAGGCGGAGCAGCGGCGGAUCGAGCAGCUCAAUCGUCGCUCGAUGCCGGCCAGCAAGUCGAAGGGCAAGCCGCUGCCCGACUCCAUCAUCCAAACGCUGACGGAACGGGUCCAGAGCAAAGGCAUCGGCGAUCGAAAGCGCUUCGAUGGCAACGGCAACUACAGCCAGGUCAACGGCAACUCCAAUGUCUACCAGCAGCAGACGCAGCAGCAGCAGCAACAGCAGAAGACCAACAUCACGAACGGCAGCAGCAGCCAGGAGAAGGUGCUCAGCGUCAGUGGCAAGAAGAAGUGCUCCCAUUGCGGCGACGAAUUAGGUCGCGGCGCUGCCAUGAUCAUCGAGUCGCUGCUGCUCUUCUACCACAUCAACUGCUUCAAGUGCUGCGUCUGCCACGUCCAACUGGGCGAUGGCCUCAAUGGAACCGAUGUCCGGGUCCGGAAUCACAAGCUGCAUUGCCAGAACUGCUACUCCAGCGAUGAUGGCAUCAAGUUCAGCUGCGUCUAGCUGAAUCCUUGCCAAGGAAACGGAAGUCAAUUCAAAGUCGGAAGUGGGGGUUGUUGUUGUUCUUGUUGCUAUUGCAACAUUGAUUGUUGUUGUUGUACUAGUAAUAUAUAGAUACUAACUACUGACGUAAUUCGCAUAUACACUGCAUACAUAUAUCCAUGUUGAAAACAAAGUCAAAAGCAAAACGUUUCAGAUUAGUGUUAAUCGCUUCUAUAUAAGUACGAAAUUUUUUGAUGUCUGCAUUGCUUUUUGACUCAGAUUUUAACUUUUUAUAUACGAUAUUCUACAUGUUUGAAAAUCCGACGUUAUACA